AUGGUGAGUUGAGAGGGUUCAUAACACGGGGAUUAGUUUUAAAUGUUCUAUUUUUCAGUACAAGAUUCACUUAGAUUGCCCCCUUAUCAUUGCGUCACGUCAUAACUCCUAAUAUGAGUUAUGACGUGGCAAAGUUCAUGAAUGAUGGUGAGUUGGGGAUCUCAAACUGAUUUUUCUUUAAGAAAAUGUAAUAGAUUAGUGCAAUUUAGGUUGGGGAAUAACAGAAGUUCUCUGAAUUUUUUUUUGAGAGAACAUUCAAUGAGCAAUUUUCCAGAAAUUUAUGAAGGAUGUCAACAAAACGGGCCACCCAAUGCUCAAUAAUAGAAGACACAACGAUGAAAGUUUUUCAAGAAGGUGAGUUCAGUUUAAAAUAUUAGGAGUUAGUUUUCAAUUUUGAUUUUCUCAGAGCUCAAUUCAUUGCGCCUCCCGCCAUAUCAUUGUUUUUUUUUGAAUUUUAUAUUUUAAAAUCCAAAAUUCGGUUAUAGCCACCCCCCCCCCACGCUUAAGACUCCCCCACAGCAAAAUUGUUUUUAUUAUUUUAACUCUCUUCAUUUUAAACUACUUAUAUUAGCAUUGUUAUUUGAAUCCUUGUCGGAAACGGUCUGAGCUAGGAAACCCCCAAACCAUAUAACACAAAUCUAAUAAUAUAUUGCCCCCCCACGCUUCAGAUUCCCCCCAUAUCAUUGUUCAUUUUAUUUUUUUUUAAUUAAAAAAAAAAAACCCUUGUAUUUACUAUUGUGACUUCAACCCCUUUCCCGAAAUCAUAAUUGUUGUCAUAACCCCUUUUUUUAUUUUUUACUAUUCAAUUUUUACUGUUUAAUACAUUUUACUGUUUAAUACAUUUUUACUGUUUAAUACAAUAAAUGAAUUUCAAAAAUCUUUCACAUAUUCGUUGCAUGAAGCUCAAAAAACGAAAUUGAGUUUGAAAUUCUGAAACUUGAUGAUUUUUUGGCUUCAGGGGUCUUCAGAGCCUUUUGUUUUUCUGUGCAAUUAUUUCUCGAGUUAGAUCUGCAGGGUUUUUCUUCCCUACUCUUUAUCUAUAUAUAUAAGCCUUCUAAAGCUUCCUGCUGCAGGAGCUUUAGAAUCCUGCAUAAUUCUUCAUAAUUUUGUCCAGUUUCUCCUCGAGUUAGAUCUGCAGAUCUGCAGGUUUUCUCUACCAUAUUCAUAUUCAGCAUGUCCCUUCGAACUACAAUAGUCCUUUCACACACUCUGCGCUCUUUUCGAUGGCAACACUCUUUCAUAUUUUUCACAAACUUUCAUAUUUGUUAUAGAACAACAAACCAUUAAAUAUUUCCAUAAAAUAAACAUUCAUAAAAAUUACCAAUUUGAACUCAAAAAUAAUAUCUGGAGAAAUUCUAAUACAAUUUUCCUGACUCGAUCAAUAAUUUUCUUUUACAAAACAUAUAAGUUUGAAUAUACGUCACCUUCCUCUCACUUAUUCUCUCUUCAUUUCCCACACCCUCUCACCUACUCUACUUUUCUAACAGUUAGUCCCGCUCUUCUCUUUAUAUUUUCAUUAAUUUUUUUUUGUAAUCUCCUUAAUAUUUCCUUAUUUAUUUUUGUUAUUUUCAUCAUUUUUUGCGCUUAGGUUAGGUUUAGGUUUUAUACUUUUUUUGUCUCGCGCUCUCCAUUCUGCACCCAAACGCUAAUGUCUGCUAAAUUAAUUUUUUUGCUGUGAUAAUCAGCACCAAAAAAGAAGUUCUGAAAUUAUUUAUUAUUUUACCCGUUUUCAGGAUGAAUGUGUCUACUUCGAUCGAAAAAAUGAUGUACACAACAUCACAAUUGUGCAUUUGCCAUUGACCAUAAACACAUUAUGUCGUACGGUCAUGGUAGGCAUACAACAUUUAAGCAAGGCGACAAUAUCAAGCAUACGACUUAAAAGAUAGCAGUAUCACCUUCGAGGUUUGUUUUCAAUUCUUUGAACUACUUUCUGAAAUUUAUUUACUUUUCAGUUAAAAGUUGCCAACAACUAAACGAAAUAUCAUGUAAUAAUUUUCAAAGUUAUGAAUGCCGGUCUAUGUUUUGGCAAGGAAUACUACCAGAGUCGGAAAAAAGGCAACCUUUUUGGAAAAGUGAGAUUAUUUCAGAAAUCAAAGGUAUGUAUCUUUGUUCAAUUCCUCAAUUUUACAAAAUCGAAUUUUUUGAUUUAGGAAACUAUAUAGUUGGAAAACGCAACGGCGCAAAAGGAGAUUCUGGAUCACCCAUCUUCGAUGCCAAUGGACAUCUUCUUGGGAUGACAAUUGCCAAACAAGAUUUUUCGUGA